AGGGGCCUGUGGAAACAUGAAGAGGGUAAAUAGCUGUGUGAAGAGUGAUGAGCACGUCCUGGAGGAGCUGGAAACAGAAGGGGAGAGGCAGCUGAAAAGCCUCCUUCAGCAUCAACUUGAUACCAGUGUCUCCAUUGAGGAAUGUGUCUCUAAGAAAGAGAGCUUUGCUCCUGGUACUAUGUACAAGCCCUUUGGGAAGGAAGCAGCUGGGACUAUGACUUUGUCCCAGUUCCAGACACUGCAUGAGAAGGACCAGGAGACUGCUUCUCUCAGGGAACUAGGGCUUAAUGAGACAGAAAUCUUGAUUUGGAAGAGCCAUGUUUCAGGUGAAAAGAGGACGAGACUUAGGGCAACCCCUGAAGCGAUACAGAACCGUCUUCAAGAUAUUGAGGAAAGAAUCUCAGAGCGUCAGCGCAUCCUUUGCCUGCCACAGAGAUUUGCAAAGAGCAAACAGCUGACCCGGCGAGAAAUGGAAAUAGAAAAUUCUUUAUUUCAGGGAGCUGAACGUCACUCCUUCCUCAAGGCUCUUUAUUACCAAGCAUACCACAAAAAGACAAGUGCAGACAAGUACAUGACCUCAAUGAAGAGGAAGAUAAAAUUAGGCACAAAAGAUGAACCCCAAAAGAAGAACAAAGGUGAUCCCAUGAACAACCUGGAAAAUUUUUACCAAGAGAUGAUAAUGAAAAAACGUCUUGAAGAGUUCCAACUAAUGAGAGGUGAACCCUUUGCUUCCCACUCACUGAUCUCAGCUACAUCAGUGGGAGAUAGUGGCACAGCUGAGAACCCGUCAUUACUCCAGGACAAGGGAAAACAGGCAGCACAGGGUAAAGGUCCCAGUCUCCAUGUGGCAAAAGUUAUUGAUAAUUCACCUGAGCAGUGUUGGACGGGGCCUAAGAAGCUGACGCAGCCAAUAGAAUUUGUCCCAGAAGAUGAGAUCCAGAGAAAUCGUUUGUCAGAGGAAGAGAUCCGAAAAAUUCCUAUGUUUUCUUCAUAUAAUCCAGGGGAGCCAAACAAGGUGUUAUACCUGAAGAACCUUAGCCCUCGGGUGACCGAAGGAGAUCUUGUCUCAUUAUUCGCUCGGUUCCAGGAGAAGAAAGGACCUCCAAUUCAAUUCCGAAUGAUGACUGGACGAAUGAGGGGGCAGGCUUUUAUCACUUUUCCCAAUACAGAAAUAGCAUGGCAAGCAUUGCGUCUAGUAAAUGGAUAUAAACUACGUGGGAAAAUAUUGGUGAUAGAAUUUGGAAAGAACAAAAAGCAGCAGUCAGAUCUCCAGACUGCUUCUCUAAUAUCAUCUACUACAGAUAAUACUACAGAAAUCAGUGGCAGCUAGAAGACAUAAAGAUUGAGUCCCAGGAGGUCUUUCUUGCAUCAGAAUCUAGGAUCUAGGAUUUGUAUAUAGAUAGCAAUUUAUUUGGAAUUGAAGAAGAGAAGCUAACUGAGGGAGAGAAAACUGAAUUAAAAUCCCUUUCAGCUUUUGGAAAGAAUUGGUAGAAAACAUUUUCUAUAAUCAAACACUCUCUAGAAUAGACAAUAUAAUGAGUAUGGAGGGUAAGGAAUAAAGAGUAUCAUUUUCUCAGGAUAAAUUACAGUGGAUUACUUCCAAGGGUUUUUUUUUAAUCAUUAUAAUUUAUAUGAGGUCUUAAAUAUUUGUCACUGCCUCCUAUAUAUACAAAACUAAAAAACUAAUUAAGUGUUGAAAUAUUUAUCUCGAGCCCAUUUGUCCCUAAUUUUAUUUUCCUAGUAAAUAAAUGACCAAGACUCCAGGCCUAAACAUCAGCAAAUGCUCUUGAAUGAGACCUAUCAGCAGUAACAGUAGGUAGUUUUCAUAAGUUAGUAGACAUAUUUAAUGGACAUUUCCCUAUAAGUUAUCACUGUCUUCAAAUAGCUUUAUAUUUUUUCUAAUGAAAGAAUUUAGAUCAAAACAUUAAUGUUCUCAUAGUCAUUUAAGCUAGCUACCAUUGAGUAAUGAUUGAAUUCAAAGCAAUAAACAUUGAAUCAUUGUCUAUUACAUGUUAGGGAUUAGAUAUAUUAAUUUUAGAAGAGGAACAUACUAGCAAAGAAUACUAAAGAGGGGUAGAAAGAAAGAGCUCUCUAGAAGAGAGGCAGCCUACCCCAAAUCCCCCAGUUGUUUGUUUGUAGUUGCUGGAGAAUAGAAAGAUGAUAUGAUAUAGAGGAAGUAGUACAAACUUUGGAGUCAGACCUGUUUGAACUUCACAGCCAUACUUACCACUCUGUGACCUUGGCAAGUCACUUAAUCUGAGCCUCAGUUUUCUCAUCUAUAAAAAUGAGGAUAAUAAUACUACUUACCUCAUUGGGUUGUGAUGUUUAAUGGGAUAAUUGUAUCCAGGUUGAAGAUCAGAAAG